AUGUCAGGGGCCGACGGAAUACUUCAUCACGCUCAUCUGUACACGCGAGAAAUGCCAGAAGUUCCAUAUGUGAAAACGUACCACGGUGGUCGACGAUCAUCGACACCAGUUGAUCCAAAUGAUGAAUAUGGAAAAGCGAAAUGGGUGUUGGCAUUGUUCCUCACGUCGGCUAUACUUUUCUGCCAGAUUGCUGUCAUUUCUGGUUUCGAAACAGUUUCGUCAUCAGUCCUCCUGUCACUGCUUUUCGUGAUGGUUUUGAUCUCAGUAGUUCUAGGACUGCGCCUAACCACUAAUGACUACUUACAUAGGAGGCAAGGGACAGUGCCAAUGUUUCCUUAUUUGACGUACAUCACUUUGUUCGCACUCAUUUUUGCCUUGGCGUCGACCAAAUUCUUCACAAUAGCGCUAUAUGCAAUAUGGCUAUUUAUCGGUAUGGUGCUGUAUUUCAUGUAUGGUUAUUGGAAUAGUAGUGAACGUCACAACAACAUUUCCGCCAACUGCAAUGACGAGGAUAGCGAGAUGUAUCGUGCCAUUAUUGGAAACGACUACGCGCUUCAGUAUGAGUAG